AGGGCGCAGUCUGCGCAUGCGCUACCCAAUGAAAAUAAGGAACAUGGCGAGGAGACCGGAAAAGAUUUGAGACUUUACUGCUUAAAAUUUCAGCGAUCAUGGCUACACAGAAACCUGGCGAGUGGGUCCAGUCCCUGCUCGCCCGGUUCGAUGCUCAGCUUCCCAUCAAGACUGGUCUUCAGACAACACAAUCCAUGCAGAAUGUCAAGCAGAACAAGGAGUGCUUGGUGAAAGUGAGUAGACACAAGUUCUCUCUAGUCAUCAAUGGACUCACAAAGACUUUGCAGAGCGUCCUGCAAACGCGGGUGCAUGCUGAAGCAGAACGUAACUACUAUGAUUCACAAAUUAUUAUUCUGGACACCUUAAAGCAAGUUUUGAACUCGCAACCAAAAGAUACAUCUAGAAUGGAUGAAGCAAUGUAUGUCAAGAUGCUGUUGCCAGAAAUUUGUAAGUUUCUGAACCAGCCAACAGAUGGCAACCCACUGGCAGUUCAGUUACGUAAUCUGGCUUCAGAAGUGCUGUAUGCUCUUAGUCUGAACAACUUCACAGCAGUAUUCAACAAAAUCUCAGCCAAGCUUGUGGCGCUAGUCCAGGUGGAGGAUUCUUCAGAUCUUUCAGAUUUGGAAUUAAUCCAGCACAUGAAUAUGGACCUCUCACGCCUUACCAAACUCCUUAAUGAAGUUGUGUCAAAGUUCAAGACACUCAAGUCUCGACCAGUCAUCAUCAGCCUAGGGCUUAAUCUGGAAAAGGCAAUCUGGAACUGGAUGGAUAACUAUCCUACAGAGUUUACAGACUUGCAAAAGCGUCCUAAUGAUGAAUUGCAGGAAUGUUGUGACAAGCUGUUUGAGCAUUUUAACAACUUGGUAGAGGGAUCUCGUAGGCGGGCCUCCAUCUGGCCACUGCAGAUGAUGCUUCUUAUUCUUUGUCCUAAAAUCCUGGAGGAAAUCAAUAAUGCAGACACAGGAGCACCUUGUUCACAGCAACACCUGAAGAAGAAAUCCUUUAUCGAUGAAGUAAAGAAGGCUGUAUCCAGUCAUCAUAGUGGCAAUAAAAAUCUGACUGAAGGGGCUGCUGUCACGUGUGUUCGUCUUUGUAAAGCCUCAACGUACAUCAACAUUAAGGAUCGGCUAAAUGUGCUUUUCACUCUAGUGCAGUCGGUCAUACAAGAUCUGAAGACACUGUUGUUCAACCCACCUCCAAACAGCAAAACCUUCUCCAAAGUGCAAGGUGUAGUUGGCCAGGAUUCAGAGCUGUAUGUGGACUUUUUUGUAUCAUGUUUCCGCAUCACACCACACAACAACGAUGUGUUGAAAGUGUGUCUGAACAGCCAUUCCCCAGCAAUGUACCACCUUGUGUUGGUCACAGCUCUACACCGUAUCAUUACGCAGCCACGAUUGGAUUGGUGGCCUGACAUCAGUCUCAUGUACAGCAAAGCUGGUGAACUACGUAACAUGUUUAUGGAUACAGUCAACAAGGUGACCCAGGGCUUCUCCUCUCACAACUGCCCUAAGGUCAGUCAAGGGACAUUAUCCAAGAUGACCACAACAUUGAAGCUGUCCAGGCCCGAUGAAACCCUGACAACAUACAAAUACAUCUUGUUCUGGCUGGUGAAGCUAGUUAUAGCCGACCCUCAUCUCAUGCUUCAUAACCAAGGCAAGCCUGGGCAUGAGGUACAGCGCAGUACCCUGGAUCUUAUUACUAGUCUUGUCUCCCUUGUUCACCAGCAAAUGAUGCCAGAUGUUGCACAGAGAGCCAUGGAGGCACUGCUUGUGCUGCACCAGCCAGAGAACAUUGAGCUAUGGAACCCUGAAGCACCUAUCAACACCUUUUGGGAUAUCAGUUCCCAGGUGUCUUUUUACAUCUCGCAGCGCUUGAUCCAGCACCAGAUUGUCAACUACACAGAAAUUCUCAAGUGGUUAAGAGAAAUUCUUAUAUGUAGAAAUCGGUUUCUGCAGAAACACAGUGCAAACGCCAAUGUUGGCAGUAACAUUCCUGUGUGUCGCCAGGCACACAUCAAGCUAGAGGUGGUGUUCUUCAUGUACCUUUGGAGCAUUGACAUGGAUGCUGUUCUGACUGCUAUGAGCUGUUUCCGUCUACUUUGUGAAGAAGCAGAAAUUCGCUGUGGUGCUGAUGAGAUGGCUGUGACACAACUUCUACCCAACAGCAGUGUUUAUGAAGAGCUGGCCGCUGCCAGCACUGUUCUUACCACAGGUCGUGCUGCACUUCAGAAAAGAAUUAUGGGAUUGUUGCGGAAAAUUGACCAGUCAACUCCAGGGAAUUCACAAGCUUGGGAAGAUACCUACAGAAAUUGGGAUGCAGUAACACGAUAUUUGGAGUUGUAUCCUAAAGUCAAAUAUGAAGAGCAAGGGCGUGGCGAGAUUGCUGAGAUGAUAAAACUGAAGCGGAAGACUCCCCAGCAUGCAAACACAGAACAUGAGCUAGAAGACCAGCUGAAUGAAUGGGCUAACAUGACUGGAUUCCUGUGCGCUGUUGGCAGUGUCCGACUACAAAACAAAUCAACACGUGUCAGCAAUUCAUCAUUGCCAGGAAUCCAGGUGGAACCAAGUCGUAAAAGUAGUCUCAUGCAGAGCUGCUCCAAUGAUUCUCAGUACUGCCCUGUGACACAGUUUAUUGGCAACUUGCUGAAGCUACUAGUAUUUCAAAAUGAAAAGUUUGGGGCCACCAUCCAGAAGCAUGUGAAGGAACUAGUUGGACAUGAGCUGAAUCCAGCACUGUACCCAAGCCUCUUUGACCAGAUUAAAAUCUGUGUUGAUAAGUUUUUUGAUGCCACUGGACAGGUGAUUGUUCAGGAUCAAAACACACUCAUGAUUGAAAAUGUCAUUUUCAUCAUGAAAAACAUACUCGAAAUGAAGUCUGACCAGCCUUGUGAAUACCUGGGUGUCACAAGUAUUGAGUCUCUCAUGCUGGCCAUUGUCAGGUAUGUGAGGCAUUUGGAUUCAUCCAUGCAUGCUAUUCAGAUCAAAACCAAACUCUGCCAGCUUGUGGAAGCAAUGAUGAGACGGAGAGAUGAACUGACAUUUAGGCAGGAAAUGAAAUUCCGUAAUAAGCUGGUGGAGUAUCUGACGGAUUGGAUCAUGGGCAACUCACAUCAGGUUAAUGUGCAAGGUGACAUCUGCAGUAUGUCGAGGGACCUUGAUCAGGCAAGUAUGGAGGCAGUGGCAGCCUUGCUAGCAGGACUUCCAUUGCAGCCAGAGGAGAGUGACCGUGGUGAUCUAAUGGAAGCAAAAUCACAGCUUUUCCUCAAAUACCUGACUCUUUUCAUGAAUCUUUUGAACGACUGUUCAGAGGAAGAGCAGGAUAAGGCUCUUGAUCCCAACCGCAAGCGUAGCAUGUCAAACCUGAGUGCUCUCCGGAACUGCACUGUGCAGGCCAUGUCCAAUCUUCUCAAUGCCAACAUUGACAGUGGGCUCAUGCACUCCAUAGCUCUGGGUUACCAUAAAGAUCCUCAGACACGGGCAGCUUUUAUGGAGGUGCUGACCAAAAUCUUGCAGCAAGGAACAGAAUUUGAAACGCUAGCUGAGACAGCCCUAGCUGACAGGUUUGAGCGGUUGGUGGAGCUGGUGACCAUGAUUGGUGACAAGGGAGAACUGCCCAUAGCCAUGGCACUAGCACAAGUUGUCUCCAAUACUCAGAUGGAUGAACUUGCUAGAGUGUUUGUCAGUCUCUUUGAUGCCAAGCGCCUGUUGUACCAACUUUUGUGGAACAUGUUCUCCAAAGAGGUGGAGCUUGCAGACUGCAUGCAGACAUUAUUCCGUGGCAACAGUCUUGCCAGCAAGAUCAUGGCCUACUGCUUUCGGUUUUAUGGGCAGUGGUAUUUGUGUGAUCUUCUGUCCCCACUUAUACAAGAGAUGUUUCAUCUGGAGAAAGAGUGUCAUGUGUCCUAUGAGAUUGAUCAGACCAGGCUGGAGCAAGGUGAGAAUCUAGAGGAUAACAAGAGAAACUUGCUCGAGAUGACCCAGAAAGUCUUCACAGCAAUAGUUGAAUCUGCUCCCAAAUUUCCACCCAAGCUACGCAGCAUGUGCCAUUGCUUGUACCAAGUGGUCACCCAGAGAUUCCAGCAAAGCAGCGCUGAGGCUGUAUGGACUGUUAUCGGCACCGUCAUAUUUUUACGCUUCAUCAACCCUGCCAUAGUCUCACCUUAUGAGUCAGGCAUUGUAGAGAAAGAACCAACCCUACGUAUGAAGCGCGGUCUGACACUCAUGUGCAAAAUUAUGCAGAACAUCGCCAACCAUCUUUUGUUUACCAAAGAAGUUCACAUGAUGGCUUUUAACGAAUUCCUCAAAAGCAAUUUUGAAAAUGGCCGAAGAUUUUUCACAGAGAUUGCGUCUGAUUGUGAGACACUGGAUGCAGGCAACCACAAUCUAUCGUUUAUCAAUGAUGCCAAUGUCUUGGCACUGCAUCGCCUGUUGUGGAACAAUCAGGAGAAGAUUGGGGAUUACUUAUCCAGCAGCAGUUUGGAGGUGCACACUGAGAACUUCCUGUGCGAGGCUGCCGAGGGCCCGCAGCGCCUAGAUCACAAAGCUGUGGGGCGGCGUCCAUUUGACAAAAUGGCUACACUCCUGGCAUACCUGGGUCCACCAGAACACCGACCUCUUGAUUCACAGUGGAGCAGCAUGGACAUGACGAGCACUAAGUUUGAGGAGAUCAUGUCCAAGCACAACAUGCAUGAGAAGGACGAAUUCAAGUCCCUCAAAAACUUGCACAUCUUCUACCAGGCUGGAACGUCCAAGGCAGGCAAUCCUGUCUUUUACUACAUUGCCCGCAGAUACAAGGUUGGAGAGAUCAAUGGAGACUUGCUGAUCUACCAUGUACUGCUGACUCUCAAACCCUUUUAUCACAAGCCCUUUGAGCUGGUCAUUGACUUCACUCACACCUGUUCAGAAAACAGGUUUAGGACUGAUUUUCUGUCCAAGUGGUUUGUAGUGAUGCCAGAGAUUGUUUAUCAAAAUAUUACAGCUGCAUACAUCUACAACUGUAAUUCAUGGGUGCGAGAGUACACUAAGUACCAUGACCGUAUUCUGACACCAUUAAAGAACAACAGAAAGCUUAUUUUCAUUGAUCUUCCCGCAAAGCUGUGUGAUUUCAUUGACCCAGACCAGCAGAAAUUGCCAGGAACAACCGUCUCCCUUGAAGAGGACCUGAGAGUCUUUAACAAUGCACUGAAACUGUCUCACAAGGAUACCAAGGUCGCCAUCAAGGUUGGACCAAAUGCCAUUCAAGUCACCUCUUCUGAACGGAGCAAAGUUCUGGGUCACCAAGUCUUUCUUAAUGAUGUUUACUAUGCUGCAGAGAUUGAAGAGGUAUGUCUGGUGGAUGACAAUCAGUUUACUCUGACCAUUGCCAACGAGACGGGGCCACUGUCCUUCAUCCACAACGACUGUGACAACAUUGUGCAAGCCAUCAUCCAUAUUCGUACUCGUUGGGAGCUGUCGCAGCCCGUAUGCGACACAGUAACAGUGCACACUAAGAUCAGACCAAAAGAUGUCCCAGGAACAUUGCUGAAUGUUGCACUGCUAAAUUUAGGCAGCUCCGAUCCUAGCUUAAGAUCAGCUGCCUACAACCUGCUGUGUGCCCUUACUCAGACUUUUGACCUCAAAAUCGAGGGUCAGCUUCUAGAAACUAAUGGCCUCUGCAUCCCUGCCAACAACACUAUCUUCAUUAAGUCCAUCAGUGAGAAGCUAGCAGAGAAAGAACCACACCUGACCUUAGAGUUUCUGGAGGAGUGCAUCCAGGGCUUUGGCAACUCUAACAUUGAGAUGAAACAUCUUUGUCUUGAGUACAUAACUCCUUGGCUGCCAAAUCUUACCAGAUUCUGUAAACAAUCAGAUGAGAAUAAACGCCAGAAAGUGGCAUUGAUUUUGGAUAAACUGAUUACUAUGACCAUUGAGGAAGUGGAGAUGUACCCAUCCAUUCAAGCCAAAAUCUGGGGGAACAUUGGACAAAUUGCAGAUCUGCUGGACAUGGUGCUCGAUAGCUUUAUCAAGCGAAGUGUAACUGGAGGCUUAGGUUCGAUCCAGGCUGAGAUCAUGGCAGACACUGCCGUAGCCUUGACUUCUGCCAAUGUUCAGCUAGUGUCUCGAAAGGUCAUAGGUCGUCUUUGCAGACUGAUCGACAAGACUUGUACAUCACCAACACCAACUCUAGAGCAGCACUUAAUGUGGGAUGACAUAGCAAUUCUUGCCAGAUACCUUCUUAUGCUUUCCUUCAAUAAUUCAUUGGAUGUGGCCAGCCACCUGCCCUUCUUGUUCCACAUUGUGACAUUACUGGUAUCAACCGGCCCACUCUCACUGCGAGCAUCGACACAUGGAUUGGUCAUUAACAUCAUACACUCCUUAUGCACGUGCUCCCAGCUCCACUUUGCAGAGAGCACAAAGCAGGUAUUGAAGCUGAGCCUUGCUGAGUUCUCGCUGCCCAAGUUUUACCAGCUUUUUGGCAUAAGCAAAGUCAAGUCGGCAGCAGUCAGCGCCUUCCGUACAAGCUAUCGGCCUGGUGACCGAUCAUUCACCAUGUCUCCACCAGAGAAUGAAAAGAUGCCUCUCAGUUCUUUGGAGGCUAUUGCUGAUGCCUUGCUGGAGAUUAUGGAGGCAUGUAUGAAAGACAUUCCAAGUUCUGAGUGGCUACAACAAUGGACAGACUUAGCUCGAAGAUUUGCCUUCCAGUACAACCCAGCUCUGCAGCCACGUGCGAUCAUUGUGUUUGGCUGCAUUAGCAAAACAGUCACAGACUCUGAGAUCAAGCAGCUUCUCAAGAUCAUGAUGAAAGUCAGCGUCAUGUCCGCUUUAGAGUCCUACAUCGAUUUGACUCUGGUGGAAGCUGUGGUUAUGUGCUUGACUAGACUUCAGCCGCUUCUGAGAUCAGAGUCACCUAUCCACAAGUUCUUGUUCUGGGUGGCUAUCUCGGUUUUACAGCUGGAUGAGGUGUCAUUAUAUGCAGCAGGGUUGGCACUUCUGGAACAGAAUCUGCACACACUAGACAACAUGGGACUGUUUGACAGAAGAUCGUUGGAGGACAUCAUGAUGGAGACCCGUGAGCCUCUAGAGUGGCACUUCAAACAGCUAGACCAUGAAAUGGGGCUCAGCUUCCGCACAAACUUCAACUUUGCAUUUGUCGGCCACUUGUUGAAAGGGUUUCGACAUCCUUCACCUACUACAGUGUCACGGACUAUUAGAGUGUUACACCAUCUGCUAACCAUCACAGUUAAACCAACCAACCGUGACAAAUUUGAAGUGACCACAGAAACAGUUGCCUACCUGGCAGCACUGGUCUCAGUAUCAGAGGAGGUGCGCAGUCGCUGUCAUUUGAAGCACCGCACAGCACCAUACAUCAAUCCUGACUCCCCAUCUAGUGAAAGCCUCAAUUCUGAUCUUGCAUCAGGUUCUGGUGUAAACAUUUCUGCCACCAUGUCAACCUCCACUUCAAUUUCCUCUUCCUCAAGCACUGUUGCUGGCAUGAGUGGAUCUGCAUGUGGUGGCUUGAGUCCUGGGGCUGCUUCUGGUGGACCACCACCAUCACUAGGGUUAUCACAGCCACCUGGAACAUCGCUAGGCAGACGCCAGAAGUCCUGUGAUCUUCUUGAUCAGACAGCAAUGACUGCUGCGCGGCAGAGUAAGAAUGGACAUCUUACACAAAGUCAGCCACAUCUGCUUCAGGUAACCAGCCCAAAAGUGUGGCGUAGCUUAGACUCUGCAGACCCCAGUGGCCAGCAGUGUGGGUCUACAUCACCAACUGCCACCACCACUUCUCCUGUUGCUGUCAUACCAACCCCACCAAUCCCUGUAGCAACAUUUAACAUGACAAGACAGCCUUGGUCAAAAACUCGAAGCAGUUCUAUGCCAACUCCUGGGACAAAAAAGAUGGACACAGGCAAACCAUCUUUGCCUCCCCCACGCAGUGGUCGAAGCUCAGUGUCCAAUGAAAACAAUGUUCUUCUUGACCCAGAGAUUCUGACUGACUAUCCAACUCAGGCUUUAGUUCUCACUGUCCUGGCAACACUCGUUCGCAAUACAACUGACGAGAAUGAAACAAGGAUCUUGUAUGAAUAUCUGGCGGAAGCAUCAGUGGUUUUCCCUAAAGUAUUUCCAGUUAUUCACAGCCUGUUGGAUGCCAAGAUCAACAAUGUGUUAUCCCUGUGCCAUGACCAGGCCAUUUUAAAUGCUGUCCAGUCCAUCAUACAAAACAUGAUUGCUUGUGAGGAUGCCACGCAGCAGCAGUUGUCAUACCUACAGAGUAUAGGUUUUGGUGGACUGUGGAGGUUUGCAGGGACUUUUACCAAGUCAUUAGGGUCAAGUGACAUUGCGGAGCUCUUUGUUAACUGUUUGGAGAAAGCUAUGAUGGUAGAGUCGUGUCUGCCAGGUGAUGAUUUGGACUCUCUCGCUAUCACCUCAAACUUGAAUUUGUCCUCCUCAAUGUCCUCGCUGUCUAUGGGAUCCAUGCACUCUCCCACCGACAAAGACUCUGGUGAAAAGACUGGUGGUCCAAAUGGAGCAAGAAUGCGGCAUUCAUCAGCCAACCAGAUGGGUUCCAAGCAACGAGGAGGAAGUUUCAAGCAGAAGGAGAAAAAGAAGCAUCUAGAAGCCUUGGAAUAGCACAGUUUACAAGAAUACUUGGAAUGGGCUAGUUUGCAAGAACCCUUGUAGCUGUGCUGUGAGCAGCAAAAUGUCCAAGAACCUUCAGGGAAGUGGAGAUUGCAGGAAACCAGAUAGUAGGAAGAAACAAUCUUAAAAUAUUUUAUGAUGGCGACAUGGGUGGUGAGAGCUUAAAUGUCAGGGAUAUAGAUUUUACAAAUUACGCAUUAUCCUCUUUGUACACUUGUAUAAUAAGAAUAGUUACUGUGAACUAUCAGGGAUGUGAUUGAACACUGGAGUUAGAGCAGUACAGUGCAGCAUUGAUAUAUGUGUGUGUGUGGCUGCACAAGUGCAUUUUGGUGACUGAGUGGCAGGUCAGGUGAAUCUUUAUUAGCAAAUUUCAAGUUGUGUGCAUCAUGAUUGGUGAAUGGCCAGAUGGGUAUUUCUAUGAUGAAUGAACUGGGGUUGCUUCUUGACAAGUAGCUUUUAAGGUGGGUGCAUCUCAGUGAGGGCUCAUUUCCACUGUGUCUGCUAGGACACACCCAUCUUUUUAUCUGCACGUAUACACGUGUGUUUUCAUGUAUCACGUAUGUGUGUGUGUGCAUGUGUGUGAGGCUGGACCAAUAAAAAAUGACUGCUUGCAGUGUUUGCUCAGUUCUGUAGCCUAGUGUGAGAAAGAGUACAAAAUCAGAUUCAGUCAAAAGCUUUGUGUGACAUGACUUUGCAGAGGAAAGUGGACAAAAUGUUUUAGCAUCCAAUGUGAUAUAAAAAUAUGAAAUUAUGUAAAUUCUAGAUUAAAUUAGAUGUUUGUGUGUGCAUAUCAGUGGGUGGGUGUGUGUUUGCAUGUGUGCAUGCAUGUGGUGGGUAUGUGUGCAUGCAUUGUCCUUACCUGUGCCUCAUCCUAAAUGUGUGAAUUUGUCCUAAGUGUACAUCUGGUGUGCAAGAACUGUUGGCAUGUUUUCAGAUGUGGUUUCAGAAGACUAAUAUUACUAAGCAUGUAAGGCCGGUGGAGCUGUACCAUGCGUGGGUGUGCAGCUUGUGCUGGAGGCCUCAGUAUUCCUAGCUUUAAGCUUAUGUGAUUAGAUGUUAUUCUUGAUUAAUAGCUGGUCAGUAGUGGUCACAAUAGACAUGGUGACUGAGCAAGGUUUAGCAUCACCUUUAUAUGAUCCUCACUUUUGCCCAGAUGAUGUUGGCUGAUACAGCAUUGCUUUCAUUUUGCUGCAUUUCAGGCACUUUCAGACUAUCAGCUGAGUGAAACAAAAGGUCAGUCUUUAGGUGGUCCCACCACAGCACAGAUAGUAUCGUAUAAAUUAGGUAUAAUUUCUCUGUGAUGCAGACUUUUUCAUACACUGUCAACUCGGUUCAACGGUCAUCCCUGUAUUUAUGGCUGGUGCUAACAAUAACAGCUGAAAAAUUUAGUUGGCAUCUACCUAGAGAGAUGGUAUCACAUUCAUGUGGUUAUCAAUAAUCAUAAUAUUUUACUGAAUAAUUUACUUGGCAUCUGUGGAAAGAGAAAUUUAAUCAUGUACCUGUGGUCAUGUUUAGGGUUAGAUUAGUGUCAGAUGCCUGUCAAAAUGCUCAGUGGGAUGUUUAGUAAUGGACUACCAUUGUUCUGCAUAGGAGUUUUCUGUAACAGUCUUUGGGCAAGAGCUAACACUUCAGUGCUCUGUUCUUACAUAACAGCAUACACAGUUAGUCGCAUGAACUAGACUGGAUGUAAACUUUCAUGUUUGUCUUGAUUAUGAGGAUCUGACUUAUUGGGGAAUUUCUGAUGUUUACUUUUUUUUAUAAUUCAAACAACAUAAUGAAGAAAGGUAGGAAAAAAUGUAUCACUAACUUGUCUUUACAAGAUGUACUGAACACUUGAGUCACUUUGACUGCUUUCUUUAUCUUAGCUCAGAACCCUAAACCCCUUUAUCCUCAUCAUGCAUCAGAAGAAUCUAGAAUAUUUACAAGCCCAUAGUGGUGGCUACUAGAGAGGUAAUUAGUUUAUUAACAGUAGCAUUGAUGAUGGCUGUUAGAAAGUAGUUGUUCAGAAACAUGGAUGGCAGCUAUACAUCUACAUUUUAACAGCUUUGAUGACUAGCAGAAACGUGUGCAGUCUUGUAAAUUUGUAACAGUUGUCUUUAUUGACAAUGCAGCUGCCAGAGAAACCAUCAAAGAAAUUUUAGAGUUAAGGUAUUGUAAUAAUAGUUUCAUCAAGGUUGGUGUUCUGUGGUGACAGGUAUGGAAGUCAGGGUAAACGAGUAAGAAAUUAUUUGAAAAAGUCUAUGGUGAAAGUUAUAGCAUAUUAACAUCAAUGAUAUUAACCUAUAGUACUUCAAUGAUCUUACUAGUGAAGUCCAGUGAUACCUUAAUGAUACCUUUUAUUAUUAAAGUUUCAGGUGAUAUAAAAACGUCAUUGUCAGUGGUUUAGGCUUAAGAUAGUGCAAUAAAUGAAGAUUCAGGGUUAUACCAUUAGGAUAAUAUUGUGACUUUAUCUUCAGAGGUUGGUGUUAUGCUAACAAAAGUAAUGUUAUUGUCAGCACAGAAUGAUAGUGUUUGAAAUAAGCUCAUAAGGAGCAUUCUGAUGAUUGGUGUUAGUGCAGUACCCAUAUAGGAACUGGACUGAUAGUGUGUAUUGAAGUCAUGCCCUUAUGAGAUAUAGUCACUGGCCAGAUCAAGCAGUCAUUUAAGUGUACAUUUAUUCUGGUGCCAGAUUCUGUCUCAUCACAGUAUUGUGCUUUCGUUAUGAAGGCAUUUGAAGUGUGUAUAUGGUGAAUGUGAGUAACAUGACACCAUCAUUCUUCUAGUCCCAUUGUAACUGCCCAUUUGGGACAUAUACUUGAGAUCUACUUUUGACAGGGGAGAUGAUAUGUGUGUGUGUGUGCCCAUCUCAGUUCCAGUGCAAUCAACCAAACCUUUAGGAUCUGAUACUGCACAUUGCAUAUUGCCUUGACUUGCCUGUGAGUGGUUGUUUGCUGUUUGGCCACUCAAAGAUGACUUAGAAACCCCUUUUCCAAGUACAGACUGUGAAGUUAAACUACAGUACUUAAACACUUUUCUUGUGAGACUGAGUGAAGCGAUUGACAUUGGGAAUGCUGAGACUGAGUACGAUGUGAUGGAGGUAAAAAAGAGUCUUUUAUCAAAAGGUUAUUUUUAAAAAGUUACUCAUGCUGGUUUUGACUUAAACUGUUCUCAGAUUAAUAUUUAGAUUAAUAUUCAUGUUUUGCCACGUGUUGGUGCUUGUAAUUGUCACUGUAAUCGGUGAUUAUGAAACCUCGCUUUGAAAUGGACAAAGCAAAUAGAUGGGUUUUUCUUUUAAGUUGAUAUUAUGUGAACAUUUUUUUUCCUGUUCAAAUCAUCACAUUACAGCUAUCAUAAUUUUGUAUGGUUGUCAGCAUUUUAGCUGCAAGGAAAAAAAAGGGAAAUUCAAGAGUUGGGAGAGCUGUUGCAGUCCACAUUUUGUAUUAUUUUAAAAGGGAGUUGCAUAGUAUAAAAACAAGUUUGCACUUGUGGCAACUUUGUCAAAGAAAUCAUCUCUGUGAAAAGUAUAUCACUACUAAAUAUUCUGACCAUUUUUCUAUUGAA